CUGGCCGGAGUAUUGACGACCUAGUUGUUGACAACCUACGCGUAAAUGAAGGGGACAGCGCCGUCUUGCCUUGCUUCUUCUCGCCACCUAACGCCCACAUCGGCAAGUGGUAUUGGAAGACGAAUGGAACUGUCAUCAUAAGAUCAGACGACCCACCAAAAACAAACUCGAGGUAUUCAUUGGGUGACUCAACGUCCGGGAACGUUAGUUUGGUUAUUAAAGACGUGUUGCGAUGGGACAAGGGUACCUAUACAUGUGGAGUGAACGACCAGUCUACUGGAUCAACCGUACCCCAUUCCGAUGACAGCAAAUUAACAGUAAACUAUCUGGAUAAACCUAACAUUCAGGCACUAACCGACACACGUAUACCUGAAGGUACGCGAGUAUCUAUGUCGUGUAAAGUAGUGGCGUCAUAUCCGGAAGUAAAUUUUCUGAGGUGGUUCCAUGAUGGUGACAUCAUAGACACUGCUUCUGGCAGAUACUUUUUCUACGAUGAAAUAUUAGAAAUAAAAAAAUUUGAUCAACGUCAUGAAGGAAACUACAGUUGUCGGGCUGAAAAUGAAUUCUUUGUCGGUAAAAACGGAAAAUAUAGCAAUUCAAUUGCAUUCAGUUUGAAAAAGAAAGAAGUAAUUCCGCCUUCAUCACCCAGUUCUCAGAUUUGGAUAGUGUUCAUCAUUAUCCCAUUUCUCAUAAUAGGCGUAGUUGUGUUUAUACCCUGGUAUUUUUUUAAGAAGCGUUCAAAAAAUAUCCAUCGCUUGGAUGACUUCAUAAAUAAUAAGGUCAUCAAAAAGGAUCAGAAGAAUGAGAUAAAUGUAGAGCAAGCACUGGAUGAUUUUGAAACGGUGGCUUAUCUAAAAGAAGUAUACGAAACAAUUACAAAAACAGCUUGUAGUGAAUCUCUGGAUUUUAAGAACGAUAAAGUGAUAAUGGUUGCGAGAGGAGAGUGCAUUAAGGCAUCUUUUAAAUCAAAUUAUAGUUCAGAACUUUCCUGCUUCAAAGAAAAAGACGGAUACAAUCAUCCAUUUCCUAAUGUCUUCUUACUAUCACGUACUUGGCCAGAAAACAGAUUAAAUGAAUGUAAGCCUAUUUCAUCUGAUACGAAAAGAGGGAACUAUAUUAUUAAUGACAGCUGUGGAUCAAUCGGAUUUGAAUUAAAGGGAAAUAUUAAAAAAGGUGCAACUGCAGAAGGAUGCUUUAGUUUUACAGACGUCACUGAUGAUAUUGAAGGACAAUACGUAUUCUUACUGCAGAUAAAACACGCGGAACGUAAGAGUGGUACGAAACCAAAAACAAGACACUCAUUUUUUGGAAAAACGUGCAUUCAACUCACAAAUGCCAUUUACAGGAACAAAAUCCACAAAAAACAGUUCAUCAGCCCAAUUGGAAUUGUCUUCAGUGAUCAAGUGUAUGCAUUUGCGGUAAAAACGGAAAAAGGGGAAGAACACGUAGAAGAUAACACAAUUAUACGCUAUAUUACCUGUGCUGGUAAACUUCAAUCUGAAAACAAGAAUAUUACUAUCAAAUGGAGUGAUGUUGCACAAGUUUUACUCAAACCGCAGUAAGUUACACACAUGUAUUUUUAGCCACGUUUAUAAGGUCAUCACUGCAAGGUUUAUAUAGGUUAGGCCUAUUGGGUGUUCUCAGUGGUGUAACGCCUAUGUGCUCUUGUGCGACUGUCCGCGGAGCCCUAUAUGGUCCUCGAUCUAGCACCAUAUCAGUUACAGUGGCAUCGACAAUCCGAUUUGUUGCGAGUACAGCCGUCUAUGCGUGCCAUACGUUUUAUGGUGUUAGUCACUGUAUUUUAUUAAUUGUGGGUACUUAGCAACAGGGGCGGCACUAGUGGGGGUCCGAGGUGGGGGGAAGGAUCCCUGUCAGGGACCACUGGACCCCUGGUUGGACCCCCUGUCGGGGAAUUUCCAGCAAGGUCGUCGGGGAAAAAUGAAAUCUCGACCGCCAAAACUACAAUUUAUGUAUGCCAAAUGUUAGGGAUUAAAAACUGUUUAGUGUGAGCAGUGCUACCGUGCGAGGUGUUGUAUACUAUUGCGAUCCUAUGGGCUGAGAUAGUAGCGCCAGAUCUUCCCCUACAGGGGCUGGUACAUGCGACAGGUGAUCAGUACCCCCGACAGGCGGCAUCUUAC